UAUCAAGACGAACCACAUCGUUGUACCGCUAUAAAUUGUAAAUAAAAUAGCAUUUCCGGGAUACAACCGAAACUCGCAGCGUAUCGUAUCAGAUGAAUCUGAAUAUGUCUGAGAUAAUUGAGUUUGUGCUGCCUCCCCGCGACUAUCCGAAUGAAGACAAUGCCAUUUCUGUGGGAAGUGUGGGCACCGUCAACGAGGACGCUACCUACGUUGUGCUGGACGGACUGAGCCAUGAGUACGAUGAAGAUUUUCUCAUUGUCAACGAGGACCUGACCGAAGAUGAGUUGCAGUUCGAGGAGCCCGACCAUGACCAGCAGCUGGACAACGAGCAGCAGCCCUUUACGCAGGAGCAGUAUGUGGUGACGGAGCUAACGUCCGAAAUGGAUGAGACGUUGGAAGAAGAGGACGGUGACGAGAAUGAUUUCGAGCAGUACCAAACAGAACCGACUGUUUUCGAAGAGGCAGAUGACCCCGAGGCGGAGCUGGAGGCGGAACAAGAGCUAGACAUGGACUCUUCGUUGGAACCUGAGCCAGUGCUGGAGUCGGGGCCGUCUCCAGUGCCAGUGAAGAAAAUCAAAGCCAACCCGCAAAGCGUCAUACGCACAUACAACACCUUCGUCGACGAGGACGAGCCCGCACAGUAUGUGGAGCCUAGCAAAAAAUUACUAAACAUAUUCAAGGGACCUCGCCGCUAUUUGCUAUUCGACGACCUCUUGGCCACAAUUGUCGACUUCGAUGAGAACACCACACCGAUUGUGGAGUUCUCAAUGACCACCGGUCUGCCGGACGCCAAGCUGCCCGUCGAGUGCGGCAUAUGCCCAGAUGUGAUGCACAAGUCCAAGCUGUCCAGGCAUCAAAAGUUGCAUCUGGUACCUGGAACUAAUCGUUAUUCGUGCAUCUAUUGUGCGGAAACGUAUCGUGAUUGUAAAUACCUGGCAGGGCAUGCCCGCCGACACAUGGGCAUACGACCGUACGUUUGUCACGUGUGCAAGUUGUAUUUCUCCACCAAGCAGGAUCUGCGGGUGCACAACCAGCGGCGGCACCAGAAGAAGGAGCACGUCUGCGAGCUGUGCGGCAAAACGUUUGCCCAGAACACGCAGCUGAAGCGACAUCGGGAGGCCACGCACGAGAAGAAGCGUCGUUUCCAGUGUCACAGCUGCCAGAAGGCUUACUACAAAAAUUUCUCCUUGCAGGAGCACAUACGGAACGUGCACAUGGGCAAGCGACGAAUGCUGAAGUGCCCCUUCUGCGGCAUGCAGUGUCGCGACGCGCACAAGAUGGCCCGCCAUCGCAAGGAGAUGCAUCUCAAUCAGGACUCGUUCGAAUGCCACCUGUGCCAGGAGGAGUUCACCGACAUCAAUUAUUUCGAUGCGCACAAGCGUUCUAUUCAGUGCCGCACCAAUACACAACGUUAUAUCAAGGAGCAUCGUUCGGGAGAGGCGUCCGGCUCCGGGGAUGCCAGUGGUCUGGCUGAGAACGAUGACGAGGACGCAAUGGGCUUGGAGGACGAAUUUGAUGAGGAUGCUGGACUGCUGUUCGAGGAGGCGAGUCCCGAAGACCCCGAUGACAGUGAAUAUGUCAAUGGUACAUAUUUCCAAGAGGGUGAUCCGCGGUACGUCCAGAUAUCCGACUAUGACGGUCAGAUAGUGGAGGGAGUUGUUCUGCACGAAGAGGAGCCAGAGGAAGAAGCCUACACCGAGGAAAAAUAUCACUAUGACGCCAUGCAAGAGAACAGCUAUACAGAGCAUUCUGUUGGACGGGAAAUAAGCGCCGAUGAGCUGAUUUACGAAAUCACUCUGAAGACUGAGGAUGACAAUUAAGUGGUGUAAUGUGGUACCCCUAUUCCCCCUCCUCCACCACCGCACAUUUGUGCAGUAUGUAAAUAGAUACAAAUUGAACAUACAUAAACUAAGAAGAACUUUUAACCCAAACCACAAAUAAAACAAAAUAUAGUAAAAUACAUUAACUACCGAACAA